AUGGCGCCCCGCGGUCGCAGCACAACGGCGAGUCCGGGUGCCUACUCGGAUCGCAGCAACGACUCAAGCCCGGACCCGCUAGCCAUUUCUUUCGACGAAAACAUCACCUCAUCGCACCGCAAAUCCAGUCCUCGGAAACCCAUCAUGAUCACCUCGCCAAGGAAACAGGUCCGGCGGCUGGAGACGUCAGAGGUCGUCUUCUCGUCGCCGUCCAAGUCUAUGAUCAUGAGCACACCGCGAGGCAACGGCGCAAGCCCUUGGCGCAUCAAGGUCACCGUCCAGGCUGAACCGGAAGACGGAGAAAAUGCUGAAUCACCAUCAGUAAAGAGGGUGACAAGAACAAAGACGACUACUGUACCGCUAAAAGACCCGGAUGCGUCGUCUCCUGUCAAGCGCCCCCGCGGCCGACCCAGGAAGUCUGAGACUGGAUUGACGCCCAAGCCCAAGAGAAAAGGGACACCAAUCAAGAGACCUGCAGAAUUCAGCUCUCCGAGCAAAAUUGUGCGAGGCGGCGAUUCCAGCGCAGCCGAUGUCGAUACCGAUGUGCCACCUAGGAAGCGAAGGGGUCGUCCGAGGAAGAGCGUACAGUCACCGACUGAAUAUGACGAGACCAGCGUUGCAGAGGAGGCCGAAGCUAUCCUACAAGCCACGUUCGAGGAGACACCUCUGCCAAGCACCGAGGCCGAACCAGACAAUUCGAAAAAGAACGCGCGAUUUGCAGCUCCCGAUGAUCAAACCAUGGAUGAUGCAUUGCGAACAUCGCCUACACGAUCAGAGCCGUCUCCCAGCCUAGGCACACCAGCUCAUACCAAUUCGAGGAACAAUGUUCGCGCACGCAGAGGUACACCACAUGCAAACAGGGUGGCCGUUAUUCCAUCCGAUGAAGAGGAAAGUGGCAGUGAUGUACUUACGCCCGCCAGCGGAGAUGAAGACAACAACAAUCUUCCCGAAAACCAACCCAUGAGUGGAACAGAGGAUGGCCAAGGAGACGUGCUUACACCAAGCGAGACCUCGGCGCAAUCGAGUGAUUCAGCCGAUGCCACUAGUGAUGAUGGUGCACCCGAAUAUCCUCAAGACUAUGAAGACGACGAGGAGGAGGAAACACAGGGUCAACAUUUCACUUUUGACGAAGGCACCACCAGGAUGCCAGAUGACACGACGAUGUUGGAUAGCGAGACGUUUAGCAUGAUAUCUGUCGAGUCAUUGAAGAGCAACACAAAUCGACCGAGCCCAACACAGCCUCGAGAUGUGCAGGCCAAUGCUCCAAAGGCCAAAUCCUCACUCAGGAACGAGUACUUGGGACCAGUUACGCACGUAGCAUCAGGUUCUGAAUCUUCAACCCAUGAAAAGCACGUCUCGACAAGCAAGGCCUUUUUAGAAGCCGCGUCCAUCGAGACAGUGCGUCCAAAACUGGCGCGUCAUGUCACACCCGCUAUGGACUCUGAGAUUCCAUCUGCACCCCCUGCUCUGCAUCCUGUUCAGCCUGCUCUGACCAAAUCUCCAUCUCCAACACUUGGCCGAGCAGUUACCGCCGGUGUAGCUUUACAAGGUCUUCUCGACCCCACACGACUCACCCCAGAUGCCUCACAAAAGACGCCCGACGGAAAGCGAGGCUCAUUGGACGAUUUGUUCCGUGGCUUCAGCUCAGGGACACGUAAAGAUCUUCAAGCAGGCUUGCGACUUGGCGAGCAACUUGCACAAAAUCAGACAGAGGAGGACAAUGUGCCUGGCCCCUCGAGCCCUAUCAGGGGCCAAUCUGCGGCAGGGCCGAAAGCAGGUGUGUUCCGAACGCAACGAAAAUAUCAGCAAUCGCGUCUUCUUACACCCGAAGACCAGGAUCAUGUUGUCACAGCGGUGGCACCGGCAGUUGCAGCGAGCGACGUCCAAUACCCAGCGUUGGACGUUGAAGAGGCGACCACAGCACCAUUGAGCCCUGCGAGGAGCGAAUCCGCAAUGAGUUGGCGAACCGACACUCCACCCCGCGCAGCCAAAAGCCAAGAUCAACAAGACACCGCUAUGAAUGAGGUUCAAGAGGAGGUUCCCGGUCCUGCAGAAGAGCUAGUCCAACAUGAUGACUUUGGUGAUAUCUGGCAAGAGGAGGCUAGUCGCUCAGUUAUCUCGAUCAAUCCAGAGGAAGUUCCAGCAGAGAAUUCCCCUGAAGCUCGCGAUAUAUUCACAGAUGCCAGCGUUGUCAGGCCUGCUCGCGGAAGAGCUGCCCGGACUUGGCGCCGCAGGAAAGUCAUUGAUGAGACGGAGUCGCAGCAAGAGCCUGCCUCGGCAGGCUCAGUGCCAGCAGCUGUCCAACCAUCAGAGGGCAGUAAAGAGGCCCAAAAAGUUGAUUCCGCACAACCCGAUGAACAGCCUAUGCAAGUCGAAGAGCCAAACGCUGAAGGCGAAGAAAGUGACGCUGGUAUGUUCUUCCAGUCGAACACGCCCAAUGUUGCAGACCAGAAGCGGCCUUCUCGGUUCCAGAGGCGGCGGCCAAGAAGACAAGAAGCAGAGAAGGUAAGCCUCUCUGAGCUUCUUGACCAGGGGGACAGUUUUGUACCAGAAUCUCCUUCGCCCGUAAAAACGAAAAAGACACCCCCGAAAGCGACACUAAAUCCAUUCUUGGAUACGCCACCUCGCUUCCCUGCGCUACUGAACUCGCCAAAGAAGAGCAGUCCCUUGAGGCGUGAGCUUCACAGUGGUGACAUUUCUACAAGCUCCGUACAGCAGUAUGAAGAGUCUACGUUGCCACUCGCGCAAAGCUCGCCGUUUCACACGGUCGUUGAUGGCGACAGCAAAAUCUCAGCAGCAUCCGACCAACAACAAUUCCGAAUGGAGAUGGAAGGAAAUACUGCUUCCACCAUUUUACGUGUGCGCGAGGAGGCCAACGAGUACCUGGACGCCUAUGAACCGCAAGAGCGAAGUCUGAAUGAGAUUACAGAGGUUACCGAGCCUAGCAGAACACAUCAAGACAUUAGUCACCUGCCAUCGAGCCCACCGAAGAUGCAGCGACGGUUCGAACAGCGGCUGCUUUCUGCACGAAAGCCUUCGCCGCUUUCUAAGACAGUAGAGCGCCCAGGCAAUGUACCAGUACCACAAUCACGGCAGAACGCAGCGCGUUCGAAGGAACCGGAAGUGAUUGAAUUGUCGUCUGAAAGCAGUUCUAGCGACGACGACGAAGAAGAGGAGGAGGAGGAGGAGGAGGAGGAAUCAGAUGCUACCCCCAGUGGCCAUCCUCAACCCCGUGCACAGGCCGCCUCGACAUUGAGCGCCAAGCCAACAUCCUCGCGCUCAUCUCAACUACAACCACACCCUAUCAUCUCACGGAUGACACCGUUGCCAAAAGUCGAGCCUUGGACACGAACACAUUACAAAGCCCUCGACAAACUGUACACCACACACCUCAAACAUCCCGCACUCUUCUGCCCUUUCAACGUCCCUCCCACGCCACUAUCAACCACAAACGGCUACCUCCUCCGCCGCUUCCUCGCCGACAACGGCAACCUACCUUACGUCGGCGCCGUGUUCCAUGCCUGGGGCUACAGCAUGGUCAUGACCGCCGAGCUUGUCGUUCUCUGCAGCGUCUUCAUGGACCUGAUGAGCCUCAAGAGCGAAGUCGAGUACGAGCAAGUCACAGGCAGGAAACUAGAAGUAGGCAAUUGCGCACCGGGUAGGCGCGGCGACUGGAUCUCUGGCGAAGACGUACUGCAGCGCCUUGCUACUGUUGUCAUGGGCGAGAGUGUGAGGAGAGAUGAGCGGGCAGGGCUUGAGAUUGAUCGCUCUAGAGGAUUGCAGAUUGAGUGGCCGCAGACGCCGCGGUGA